AUGGGUAUCACCAAAAGCAACAAAGUGGACACACACAUACUCGAUCUGCCGGAUGAAAUAUUACAUAUUAUUUUUAAAAAACUGAGUACGAUUGAUAUGUUAUAUUCGUUAGUGGGUGUGAAUCAACGAUUUAAUUGCUUGGGACUCGAUUAUCUGUGUGUACAUGAUCUCGAUUUGGUAGCAAAAAGGACUGAUACUCCUAUUAUCUCGGCUGAUAUUGAUAUUCGCGAUAAAAUCUGCAAGAUAAUUUUACCUCAAAUCGAUGACAAAAUAACUAAACUAAGUGUUGAUCCAUUUUUCAUGCAGGGUAUUUUUCAUACUGGUCGUUUUCCUAAACUGUAUUCGUUAUCACUGAUCAAUUAUACACCGGACAUUUUCUUCAAAGCUUUAACAGAUCGUACAUUGUUUCGUCUACUUACUGAUCAAAUUACAGAUUUCACAGCAAGUAUUCACUGUAUUGAAGAAAACGAACUAAUUGAAAUGGAACCACCUAUAUUCGAAACGAUCUUGUCAUAUGGUAAACAUUUGACUAAUGUAACUCUGUUUCAGCAUUCUUCGAGAGAUGAUUAUCCAGCAUUUUACAUUCGACAUAUUUUGACUAUAAGUUCUCUAUCUUCAACAAUCACGAACUUAACAAUAUAUGUUAAAACAUUUGAAGAUUGUCUUUUGCUUCUUAAUGGUUGUCUCCAAUAUUUAUCGACAUUGAUCAUCCGUAUUCAAGAAAUCAAGUGUUUGUCAUCGCAUUUUGAGAAUGUCGAAAGACUUCCCAAACUGAAAUCAUUCUCAUUAGAAACUCGCUUAUACACGCUUUAUUAUGAUUCGCAAAUUGUUCCGUUACUUCAUCGAAUGUUCAAUCUAGAAGAAUUAACAUUACACCUCCCAGUAAUCAGAAGCGACUCAACUUAUAUUAAUGGAGAUGAUUUAUAUGAUGAAAUUCUUCAUUAUAUGCCACGAUUAAAAAGAUUUCUGUUCAAUAUACAUACUCGUGUUGUUAAUAAUCAUGUCAACAUUGAUCUCCCAUCAAAUGAUGAUAUUCGAAAUAGUUUCAUGAAGAGAGGAUUUCAAUCAGUUGACGCAUUUACAGAUUAUAAACUUGCGAAAAACUCAGCAAGUUGCCAUGUUUAUUCUCUUCCAUAUUCGUUCAGUGAAUUUUCAUUCGUGGGAAGCUGUUUUCGUGGUGGUCAUUUCAAUCAAGUUCGAAUGUUAUCAAUGGUUGAUCAACGUCCAUUCGAAUAUGAAUUAUUCCAAAUUAUAUCUCAGGACUUUCCUUUAUUAGAAGAAUUAACCAUAAUUAACUCGGAACCACAAGAAAAUAGAGAACAUCAUGGGCAAAGAGCAUUAAUAUUUAGUCAUCUGUUCCAUCUUGCUAUUAUUUUUGUACAUCGUGACUAUAUGAUGCAAUUUCUUUCUGAGAGAAACGCUCUCUUACCUAGUUUGACACACCUUAAGAUGGAUUACAAAGUCUUAAGGGCUGUGACAAAUAAUUUUACCAAUGAUGAAGAACUUUUGAAUUGUACUAAAGUAAAAGUUUUAUCCGCACGGAACCUUCCACGUAAUCGGCCAUCGAAGUUUGAUACGUAUUUUUCUUGUCCAAUUCGGUAUCUUACAUAA